AAGAAGUCGGGCUGCAUUAGCUCUUCCCUGGCCCCCAGUGGAACCACCUCCAUUGCCAUCCAGUGCUUAAUAAGCAUAUGCUUUGUGUCCUAUUGACGUCUGAGGAUGACCCAGCGGCCCCAAAGGACUUGGAGUCUUCAUUCUUCUGUGCCCCUCACUGAUGUUCCCAAACCAGGCUCCCCAAAACAUGGAACCCAGGAUGGUUCUUGGCACAUAGUGGGCACUCAGAUAUUGAUUGGAUUAAUGUCUGACCUGAAGAGCAAAACACGAUGAGGUUAAUAACAUACUCCUGGCCCCUCUCCUAGACAUCCCCUUCUUCUGAGACGUGCCCAGAAGCUUCUGGAGGUGCUUGCCAACCUGGACCUCCCAGGCACUGGGCAGGCAGCUCUAGCCUCUGCCUCCUGUCAGCAUAAUGCAUCCAUAUUUACAAUAUGGCAAAUUUCAUACCCUCCCACCCUCUUUCCUGCAUUAUUGAUGGGCUAUGCACUUUUUAAAAAUCAAUUCGAUCAGGGCGUGGAGCUGGAGGUUGGUUGGUGGUGUGGUUUUUUUUUUUUUUUUUUUUUUGUAAAAAAGCCUUUGAAAGUCUGUUCUGUUUUGCUGUUUUGAAUAGGAACAGAUAAAGCUUUCCCUCUGGUUUCCCUAAGUCAAGCCCAGGGCUAGGUUGGCCAUGAUUGGCCAGGACUAGGAAAAUGUGGUUAAGAUGCAAACCCAAGCAAAUAUAAUCCAGUGUCUGUGCAGCCAUUGCUAAGCUCUGGCAGCAGAUCCGGAGCCUCCUGCUUCGGAGUGGUUCUUCGAUACCGCUGCUGCUUGCUUGCCAGCAAACUGGGAAGCGGUGGGAGAGAAGGCAAGGUAAGGUCUGCCUGGUUUAUGGGUGCAUGUCAGUGGAGCUCUCCUGCUGAACAAGGAGGAAACGAAAGGAAGAGGAGAUGGAGAUUUCCCUGGCUUUGUCUUCUUGGAUGAGGCUUUUAAGGAGUUGAGCCAGGAGUUUGUGGCCAGUUUUGCAGAUUUUCUGUUGAGAAGCUACGGCCCUUUUUAGAGACCACUGAACAGCUGGGGCACAUUUUUAAAAGCUGGGGAUGAAGAAGACCCCUCAGAAAGAUGGUAUGGGGCAAGACAGAGGUUAAAACCGGCUUUCUGUUGGGAUCCAUUCGUACUGCUGUCUCUCUAAGACUUAGUUACCGGCCAUUGGCUUUCAACCCGGGAUUGCAAAACUGCACCCCACCCCACACGGGUUUCUACAGUGAUCUUAAAGGGUGCCGAAUUAAUAAGAACUUGGGGAGGGGAUGACUAGUUUUAGGGAAAUUUGCUGUCACAGGUGGGGUCACGUUUUCUAGGUGUUCCAGUGUGACAGGAAGUCCCUUUGAGUAUGCCCUCUCCUGCAUUUGGGGUACCCAGAUCUUCUUGAUGGCUCAGUCCCUAUUCGCAAGUGGAACUACUUUUGGCCUCUAAGACUCAGCCCUAAUUAAUGAGGGUUUGUUUAGCUUUUACCAGGUUGUCACUUCUCUAUCAUCAAGGAAUGGAUUCACUGGCCCUUGUCCCCUUCUCGUAGUUUUAGCAUUUGCCUUUAGUGACUGAAAUCUAGGGUCUAAAGAAAACCUGAACAAAUAUUUCCUGGCAGUUCUGAGCACAGGGUGGGGCGAGUUAUCAAAUUAAAUCCUCAAACAGUGGCUGUUCCGCCUCACUGUUCUGCUGUCCUUUCAUAACAGCAGACAAAAGGAGUUAGCUUCUGUUUUUGCCGGAGUCCAUACUAAACAGCACAUAAUCUCCAAACCUGGCCUCAUCCACCACGGCUCAAGAAAAGAAUGGGCAGACAUGCACCCCUUAAGCACACAGUCCUUUCUGGAUGGGUUUUCAUCCUGUGAGAGCCAUGGAGCCUGUCCUUUAUCCUUGCCUCUUCAGAGCAUUCACGGGUCGUGUGUGUCGUUAUCAGACGGUAAGCUCCUUGAGAGCAAGAACCAGGUAUGCAUUUUAAUUAUACGAAGCCCCUAUGUGAACCUGGAUACUCCUUCAAUGGACAUGGCGCAGGAUCCACAUAGACUUCUCUUUACCACUUCCUCCAGCAACCCAAGGCCAGGCCCCUCCCGGGGGCCUGAGCGCCAGCGGACAAGAGUGCGUCGGCUCCGGGCAGGCCACGCCCACCUCCCCGGUGGGCCCCUGCGCUCUUUGUUCCAGGCCCAGCCCUGCCCUUUUUACUUUCCCUUUUCUUCUGUGAGACACAGGAAAUACAUUAAUCAUAAGACAAAAGCAGGAUGGAUUGUUUGAGUUUUAGGGUAGUUUAAAAGUCUGGAAAGUAAAAGCCCAAAGAAAGAUCAAAUAGCUGACUGUGGAGAGGAGCUGGGAAGAGUUAGAGGGGAUGAGAAUGAGAGAAGGCAACCCAACUUAGAAUUUUUUUCUGACAUCAGCUUUUCUCCCCUGUACCACUGAAUUUAGAUAAGUUUACAAAGGACUGCGGGACAUCAAAAUGACUGAAGGCACAGGUUUUAGGAUCAGACAUGGAUUUCAUUCUAGUGUGUGAUCCUGGGAAAAUUAUUUAACCUCUCAGAACCUGUGUCCCUACAAUGUAAGAAUGAAAAUAUACUCAGCUUAUGAGAAUUGAGAUAACAUAUAGCAAUAUAGCAAAUCGACCCAGGGCUUAACAUUUUUGCCACCCCUUCGGUGACUAACCAUGGCUGUUACCAGAGCUCUUAACAUGGGAAGUGGCAAGUGGGAAGCAGAACUUCCGGGUGGGGACCCCUGAGCCAGCCAGGCCAACGAUGUGACCUCAGACAAGUCAUUUCCCCCCGUCACUGCUGUAAAAUAGCAUAGGAUGCACCACAGCACAAGGCAGGAUGGCUGGCGAGAGGUUCCUAAGUGAUUCAGGAGGAACACUGGGUGAAUGUCUGCUGCCGGGCGAGGCCCCAGCCCCUGCCUGCUCUAUGGUGUUUCAGCCCGGGGACGACGAGAGCCAUGCCUCUGAGCAGUGCCUUCAGGGCUGUGGGCAACGACCCUGGGAUCAUCACCUGGAGAAUCGAGAAAAUGGAGCUGGCACUGGUGCCCCUGAGUGCCCAUGGCAACUUCUACGAGGGGGACUGCUACGUCAUCCUCUCGACCCGGAGAGUGGGUGGUCUCCUCUCCCAGGACAUCCACUUCUGGAUCGGGAAGGACUCCUCUCUGGAUGAGCAGAGCUGCGCGGCCAUCUACACCACACAGCUGGACGACUACCUGGGGGGCAGCCCCGUGCAGCACCGAGAGGUCCAGUACCACGAGUCCGACACCUUCCGCGGCUACUUCAAGCAGGGUAUCAUCUACAAGAAGGGGGGUGUGGCCUCUGGGAUGAAGCACGUGGAGACCAACAGCUACGAUGUGAAGCGGCUGUUACACGUGAAGGGGAAGAGAAACAUAAGGGCCACUGAGGUGGAAAUGAGCUGGGACAGUUUUAACCGAGGUGAUGUCUUCUUGCUGGACCUUGGGAAGGUAAUCAUCCAGUGGAAUGGCCCAGAGAGCAACAGCGGGGAGCGCCUAAAGGCUAUGCUUCUGGCAAAGGAUAUUCGGGACAGGGAGCGAGGGGGCCGUGCUGAAAUCGGCGUGAUCGAGGGAGACAAGGAGGCAGCGAGCCCAGAGCUGAUGAAGGUCCUUCAGGACACCCUCGGCCGACGUUCUAUUAUCCAGCCUGCGGUCCCGGAUGAGAUCAUAGAUCAGCAGCAGAAAUCAAACAUCGUGUUAUAUCAUGUCUCGGACUCAGAUGGGCAGCUGGCGGUCAGCGAGGUAGCAAAGAGGCCUCUGGUCCAGGAUUUACUGAACCACGAUGACUGCUACAUCCUGGACCAGAGUGGGUCCAAGAUCUACGUGUGGAAAGGAAGAGGAGCCACAAAAGCUGAGAAACAUAUGGCCAUGUCUACAGCCCUGAACUUCAUCAAGUUGAAGGGCUACCCCAGCAGCACCAACGUGGAGACGGUCAACGAUGGCGCUGAGUCGGCCAUGUUCAAGCAGCUGUUUCAGAAGUGGACGGUGAAGGAGCAGACCACAGGCCUGGGGAAAACAUUCAGCAUUGGUAAAAUCGCUAAAGUUUUCCAAGAUAAAUUUGAUGUGACUCUGCUGCACACCAAACCAGAGGUAGCUGCCCAGGAAAGAAUGGUGGACGAUGGCGAUGGAAAAGUUGAGGUCUGGAGAAUUGAAAACCUGGAGCUGGUCCCCGUGGAGCAGGAGUGGUAUGGAUUCUUUUAUGGGGGAGAUUGCUACCUGGCUCUCUACACAUAUGAGGUUUACGGGAAGCUGCGUUACAUCCUGUACAUCUGGCAGGGCCGCCACGCCUCACAGGACGAGCUGGCAGCCUCGGCAUACCAGGCGGUGGAGGUGGAUCAGAAGUUGGAGGGGGCCCCUGUGCAGGUUCGGGUUACCAUGGGGAAGGAACCACGCCACUUCAUGGCCAUCUUCAAAGGAAAGCUGGUUAUUUUUGAGGGUGGGACUUCCCGGAAGGGAAAUGCCGAGCCCGAACCUCCAGUAAGGCUCUUCCAGAUUCAAGGAAAUGAGAAAUCUAACACCAAGGCAGUGGAGGUUUCAGCCUUAGCCUCCUCCCUGAACUCCAAUGACGUCUUUCUGCUGCGGACCCAGGCAGAGCACUACCUGUGGUAUGGCAAGGGCUCUAGCGGGGAUGAGCGGGCCAUGGCUAAGGAACUGGCCAGGCUUCUCUGUAAUGGCACCGAGGACACUGUGGCUGAGGGCCAGGAGCCCCCAGAGUUCUGGGACCUGCUAGGAGGGAAAACUCCCUAUGCCAGUAACAAAAGACUACAGCAGGAAAUCCUAGAUGUCCAGUCCCGUCUCUUUGAAUGUUCCAAUAAGACCGGCCGGUUCACUGUCACUGAGAUCACAGACUUUACCCAGGAUGACCUGAACCCAGACGAUGUGAUGCUCCUGGAUACCUGGGACCAGGUGUUCUUGUGGAUUGGGGCUGAGGCCAAUGCCACAGAGAAGGAGAGGGCCCUUGCUACAGCCCAGGAGUACCUGCACACGCACCCCGGUGGCCGAGACCCUGAUACACCAAUCCUGAUCAUUAAACAGGGGUUCGAGCCUCCCAUCUUCACAGGCUGGUUCUUGGCCUGGGACUCUCAUCUUUGGAGCGCAGGGAAAUCAUAUGAACAGUUAAAAGAAGAGCUGGGAGACGCUGCUGCUAUCACAAGAAUCACUGCUGACAUGAGGAAUACAGCUCUCUCCCUGAAUUCUGAGAAAAACUGUUACCCUGUAGAAGUUCUAUUGAAAAGUCAGAAUCAAGAGUUGCCCGAGGAUGUGGACCCUGCCAAAAAGGAAGACUACCUCUCUGAACAGGACUUUGUUUCUGUGUUUGGAAUCACACGAAAGCAGUUUGCUGCUCUGCCUGGCUGGAAACAGCUCCAAAUGAAGAAAGAGAAGGGGCUUUUCUAAGGCGAGAUAGCAUGCACCUGGACCUACUGCAAGACCACAGGACAGAGCCGACAGUUGCCAAUAUCGGGAAAGAGUUUAUCUGCCAAUUGUUGCCUAACAUUCAGCUGCUUAAUUUAGAUAAGUAGGGUCUAAAAUCACAGCAUGUUCUCCAUUUUUCUCAGCCCUGUAUUCCUUAUAUUUUAUACACCUAAAACACUAAUUAUCCAUUUUGAUUUUUGUGGCUUUCUGGCUAAAGCCUUAGCAGAAAGCUCAUGAAAACUACAUGAAUCUAGCGAAGUCAAAAGUAAGAGGACAAAAAAUAAAAGUUUACAUAUCCUUGAGUGAGGAUUUAAAAAAAAACAACCCAUAAAAACAGCAACAAUAACAACAAAAACACACUAAGUUUAAAGUGUUUAUUAAGGCAAAAACCUAAGUUUU